AUGAAGGUGUUGGUGUGGCUCCGGCGCGACCUGCGGCUGCACGACAACCUGGCGCUGAGCGCGGCGCUGCACCUCGCCAAGCAGCAGGGCGAUGGCGGCAAGGUGGAGCUCAUCCCGCUGUACAUCGUGCACCGACCCCAGAUCAUGCGCUGCGGCGCGCGCCGCUUCCAGUUCGUGCUUGAAAGCGUUGAGGACCUGGCCGACGCGUUGGAAGAACGCGGCUCAAGGCUGGUGGUGGCCAAAGGCGACGGACUUCAGGUGCUGAGGCGGCUGCUGCCGGCGUGGGGCAUCACCCACUUGUACUUCGACGCGGUGAGCGAGCCCUACGCGGUGGAGCGCGAUAACCGGGCACUGGCGCUGGCCAAGAGCCUCGGGGUGCAGACCCACGUAACGCGCGGCUACGAGCUCUACAACAUGGACGCAGUGAUCGCAGGCAACGGAGGCAGGGCGCCCAAGACGUACCAGAUGUUCCUUCGCGCGGUGGCCAAGCAGGCGAAGCCCGCCGAGCCACUUCCAGCGCCGGAGACGCUGCCUGCCCCCGUGAUCCCGGAGAAACACUCGUUCAUCUACGGCGGGGAGAAGAAGGCGCUGAGCGCUCUGAAAGAAUAUUUUGCGGAUGAAGAGCGGGUGGCCAAGUUCGAGAAGCCCAACACGUCCCCGGCGCAGACGCCUCCGUCUCCGGCAACUACGAUUCUGAGCCCGCACUUGUUUUACGGGUGCCUCAGCCCCCGAACGUUCUACCACCAACUGCGGGACAUCCUGCAGCGCCAUAAGAAUCCGUCGAAGCCCCCUGUGAGUCUAGAAGGACAGCUCCUUUGGCGUGAGUUCUAUCACUGUCAUGGCCACGCCAACCCGUAUUUCGACAAGAUGGAGGAGAGUCCGACGUGUUUGCAGGUCGACUGGAGAUGGCACACGAUCCCGGAGAAGGAGGAAGACAUGACGGACGAUGACAAGCUCGCUCGCUCGCAGUUCGAGGCAUGGAAAGAAGGACGCACUGGUUUCCCGUGGAUCGACGCCAUCAUGAUUCAGCUGAAGGAGGAGGGGUGGAUGCACCAUUUAGCGCGGCACUCGGUGGCGUGCUUCCUUACACGGGGCGACCUGUACAUUUCGUGGGUGCGUGGCCUCGAGGUGUUCCAAGAGCGCCUGAUCGAUCACGACUGGAGCCUGAACGCUGGCAAUUGGCUCUGGCUGAGCAGCAGCUACUUCUUCACUGCCUACUUCCGCGUGUACUCCCCCAUCGCCUUCGGCAAGAAGUGGGACCCUGAAGGCAAGUUCAUCAAGAAGUACAUCCCGGCGCUCAAGAAGUUUCCAGCCAAGUACAUCUACGAGCCGUGGAAGGCGCCGUUGACUUUACAGCACGCCGCAGGAUGCCGCAUCGGCAAAGACUAUCCGUCGCCAAUUGUCGCCCACAAAGAAGCCAUGGGUCGGUGUCUGGAGGGCAUGAAGAGGUCGUAUGCCAAUGGCCAGUACGGCGUUCCACCGGCCCCCAAGUCACCUACCCGUUCCAGUAAAAAGCGCCCGCGCUCGGACUCCUCGGAGGCGUCAGAGUAA